UAAACACGCUGGAUGCUGGCAGGCCACCUGUUGCCGUCCCCUCUUGUCCUGGAUCUGUGCACCCGUGCUCCCAUCUCUGUCCACUCCCCGCAGAGUGGGACUCCUCCGCCGUGCGCUCCUUUGUCCUCCGUGUUAGCGGGAAGCUCCACGCUCGCCGCAGACCAUCAUGCUGACCCCGGUGGUGCUGGCGUCGCUUGUCCUCUUGGGAAUAGUGCCUGAGCCGUCCCAGGCCAUCGUGAUCUACACGGGCUGGGAGCGCCACGCCCUGGUGGGCUCCGAUGUGCGACUCUCCUGCUCCUUCUUCUCCUGGCGCUGGACGUCUGAGGACGUCACCUUCUCUUGGACGUACAGGCCCGACGGCUCGCGGGACAGCAUCUCUAUCUUCCACUACACUGGGGGCGUGGCCUACGUGGACAACAAAGGCCCCUUCAGGGACCGCCUGGACUUUGUGGGCGACCCGAGCCGCCGUGAUGGGUCCAUCCUGUUGAAGAACCUGGAUUUCUCCGACAACGGCACCUUCACCUGCGACGCCAAGAACCCUCCUGACAUCGUAGGACGGCCCUCCAGCGUGCGCCUGCUGGUGUUCGAGAAGGUGCCCAUCCAAGCCGGCGUGAUCACGGGCUCCAUCAUCGGCGUGGUGCUGGGCCUGCUGGUUCUCAUCGUGGUCAUCUACUACCUGAUGCGUUUCCUAGUGGCGCGCCGCGUCUUCAGCCUCAGCGUCAGCAAACAUGGCAAGAAAAAGAAAGAGGGAUCACAGCAGAGACAGAUAAAGGUCUGACUCCUCCGUGAUGCCUCCACCUCUCUCGUCUGCCUGACGCCCCCACCCCUGCCCCCCCCUCUGCCGCCAUUUCUUGCCAUUAUCUUUCCUCCUUUAAGGCAGGCUAUAAGAAGAAUAGCCCCGCUAUGUGGUGGCAGCCUUUAUGCACUCAUUGGGCAAAGUGUAAAAGUGUUUAAGGCCUAACUGCGCUCAUAACCUCCGUCAGAGGAGCCUUCAGGCGUCCCUCAGGGUUUUCCCUCAAUCUUCCCCCUUUUUACGACUCAAUCUGGUGCACACAUCGAGCCUCGGCCGGACUUCCGUUAAAGAAAUACGAUGCCGACUCGUUGCCGGCGGGAGACGGAGGUCCAAGCCGCCGUGCUCCCGCUGUGUCGCGUUGGGGCUCAUGGAGGUCGUUUUUGCCGGCUAUUUCUGGGGGGCCUUACUGUAACAGCUGCACAUUUCUUGGAGGAGAGCUGCGUUUAACGGGGGGGGGGGCUUCGCCGCUUAGCUCGGGGGACCUGGGACUGACAAGCACGCAUGAUGUCACGGGCCAGAGGACUGGCGGCAGACGCCCUUGGCGGGGGGGUUUAACAGUAAAGAAGGUGCUCUCCUCAGUUCUUGAAGGUCUUCUUCUUUUUGCAUUUUAUCUCCUCCACUUCCUGUCACCUGACGGCAGACGCUGCAUUAUUAGCUCACAGAAUAGGCCGCUACACAAUCCACUCUGCUCGUUAAGCCUCUUCUUAUCUGACUUCCAGCCCCCCUCGCCCCCCGCCCCCGUUCUAUAGUAGUCAGACCCAACUGUCCCCCCCUACUCCUCCCAUUAGUUAUCCUUCAAACAACCCCUCACACAGUGGCGUUUCCACCUCGCCAGCCGGCUCUCCUUCCUUUGACCUUUUAUUUCCGCUGGCUCAAAUGCCAAAGUGCUAACCUCUGCCCCCUACUGGCAAAGCAGAAAAAACAACACGUGGGCGGGUAGCCUUUGACCGUCCCCGCAAGGCUUUUGGUUAGCCUUCCUCCGGAUGUUCUGUGUUGAGAAUCGCCUUUCGCCUUUUUUAUUCGGUGACGUCAUUAAAAGUUCUAGAAGAAAAAAUGCGUGGAUGUGUCAUGUCGGAACCCUUCAUGGACGGUGGAAACGAACCCAACUGGGACUGCUUGGUGGAAACAUGCUUAGGUCCAAAACAUGCACACGACGAGUGGAAGUUGGGACCGGGCACCUCAAAGCUCAAGGAACCCAAAGCAGCAGAAGAACGCUUUGUCAGAACCGAAAACAACCCAAACUUCUUGCUUGGUCGAGGUUCUCCUUCUUCAACGAGCCAAAGACGGACGCGGGGGGUGGACGGCCAAGACUUGAAUGUUUCUUUCCAAUUCCGAACGUGAGGUGCUACGAGACGUCAGAACUGGAGAUGUGCUUUGCCUCAUCAGCUUGGCCUGGUUUCUACGGUUCCUCCAUGUCUACCUUUACGGACCAUAGUCCAGAACUUCACUGCUUUUGUUUUAUGCCUUCCGCUAAAGUGUUGUAGAACCUUGUAGAUCCAUCUAGAAGAAAGAUCUAUCCAUGUACUCAUUCCCACUAGAGAGGUUAUUUCAUCCAUGGAAAAACUGGGCCUGGCCUGUAUUUAGCUUUAGCCUUCUCAUCAAGCUAACUAUUGAGUCCAGAUGCCUGCUCUAAUUGUAUUAAGAGACAUUUUCUUUCUGUGUUUUAUAAGCUGUAUUAAGUAGCAAUGUAACUUUUUGCCUGUGGCUUCUUUUAUUGUUAUGAUUGUUAUUGUUAUUAUUUUCACAUUUGUUUUAAUGCUUGUCGUCACCCUUAACGGCUGAGUAAUACUGUAAAAAGAACGUGAAUAAACUGUAGCCUGGAGACAAACGUCACACAAGUAGACUUUGUUCUGCUACAAAAUAAAUCCACAUGACCCAAAGAGUUUUCCAACAUGCGCACUUUUUGUCCACAAGAGUCCAAUAAUAUUUGUUUUUUCCCCACUAAAAGCUUUGUGAAUAAAACAGCAAUGUUGGAAACUAAACAAA